GGUCACGCAGGCCUCGCCCCCACGGACACCAGCAAAAGUGCAUCGCCUUUUCCGUUACCUUUUCUUCCUUCCCCUCCCCGACCUCGGAGCCAAGAGCAGAGCAGGAGCCGGCGGCGGCCAAGAUCGAUCAAGAUGUGCUGCUGCCCGAGCAAGGCGUGCUGCAUCUGCAUGCUCAUCAUCCUCGUCCUCAUCGCCGUCGGCCUCGUCUUCGGCUUCGGCGUCUACACCCGCGGCUUCCACAAGCUCUCCUCCAACAUCCACCUCCAGGACGGCGCCUCCUACCGCGCCUACGGCCACCUCAACCUCGCGCCGCCGCCCUCCUACUACUAGACCAGACCAGACCACUCGCUCCCUCCCUCCUCCGCCCGGGAUCUGCUCCGCCGGCGGCGCCGCAUCAUGCCGUCCGUGGAGGAGGAGGUUCCGUUCCGGUUCCGGUCCCGUGACCGAUAGAUUUACAUUGAUUUUCUGCUGAGUUAAUUCCCGUUUGUUGCUUCGUUCCGAUGAUGACGAUGUUGAUAUUUUAGCAGAGAGUGUUUACAGAUUGAUGACGAUAAUUACUGCAUCCCUCCGUUUGCGUUUUGUUAA